AUGACGUCCAUCUUCUUCUGCUUCGACGAGACGGAGAGCGGGUCCGUGGCGCCCAAGGCGCUCUGGACCGCCGCGGGGUCCCCGAUGAACGCCGUGCCCAAGUCGCAGCAGGAGGAGUCGGUGCUCGACGUCCUCACGCCCGACGCGGAGCUGCCGGCGUCCAUGGCCUUCUGCUGCAAGACCGGCGACGAGGAGGGCGAGGCCGCGCCCACGGUCGACAGCGCCCGGCUCCUCGCCCAGGCCCAGGACAGCGGCCGCUGCGACUACGGCGACGCGCGGGCGGAGCUGUUCAAGAAGGCGCGCGCGGAGCUCGAGCGCGCGCGCCACGACGCGAAGCAGGCGCGGCGGCUCAAGCAGAAGUCGCUGCGCGACGAGGCCUUCGACCUCUACCGCAAGUGCGUCGCGACGGAGCUCCGGGAGCUCGAGCUCGAGGGCGUCGUCGAGCCCGACCGCCUCGACGAGCUCCUCGUGUGCCGCCACGAGCGCGAGUUCAAGGGCCAGCAGUACGGCAUCACGAACGCGGGCCUCGACAGCAACGACUCGCGGGGCAACGGGUGCCUCCACCAGCUCCUGGAGAAGUGGCACGCGGCCCGCGACGACGGCGCGCGGUCGCGCGUCGAGGAGGAGUUCGUCCUCGUCUGCGUCGUCGGCGCCAAGCUCGACGCCUACAGCCGCGAGCACCUCGCGCCCCUGUCGAGCGCCGUCAAGUUCGGCGCGACGGCCGUGCUCCGCGUCCUCAUCCUCUUCGGCGCGGACCUGCGGUGCAAGAACGGCCAGUCGUUCCGCCCGCUGCUCCUCGCCGCGGAGUGCGACCAGCAGGCGUCCUUCCAGGUCGUCGCCAAAGCGCUGCGGGCCCGGGGCGAGCUCUGCGACGUCGCCGCGGACAAGGGCAACGGCUACACGGUGCUCCACUUCGCGGCCAUCAACAACAACGCGGGCCUGCUCCUCUCCGCGCUCGAGUACGAGGAAUAUAGGGACCCGCUGGUCAUCGACGCGCGGAGCUCCUUCGAGACGACGGGCGCCGAGAGCGGCGGCGCGGGCGUCGACGCGGCCUACGUGUCGAACCAGACCGCGCUGCACAAGGCCGUGCUCUACGACUUCCGGGACUGCGUCGUCGUGUUGCUCGAGCACGGCGCGAACCCGAACGUCGCCGACAACUCGGGCCGCACGCCGCUCCACUCGUCGGUGACGCGGAACAACGUGCCCCUGACGCGCGCGCUGCUGGACGCGGGCGCGGACCCGCAGUCGCGCGACGGCAACCGGCAGACGCUCCUGGAGAAGGACCGGCACAUGGACGGCCGCCGCACGAACAAGGAGUGCAUGGCGCUGAUCCGCGCGACGCUGGCGCAGCCGCCCAAGGUCCGCAUGGGGCCCGCGCACCACCUCAACAAGGCCGCCAAGGUCGGCCUCGACGUCGACGCGAACAAGGCGCUCAAGGACGUCACGGGCGUCGACGCCGUCCAGGCCGCGCCCAAGCUCGACACGACGGAGCUCGAGGCCAAGGUCGACGAGGCCGCCGACGGGGCCGCCGGGGCGCCGCGGCGCUUCGGCAACUUCGCGGGCCUCUUCGGCCGCCGGUCGUCGUCGUCGCCGGCGCCCGCGCCGCCGUCGCCCGCGGCCGCGAAGAAGAAGAAGAAGAAGGCCAAGAAGAGCAAGAGUAAGUAG